CCCUCUUGUGUAUUACCCAUUUCUUAGUUAUUUUUUUACCCAUUUCUUCUCCUCAUAGUUCAUGUAUUGUAUGUAUAUAUCUUAAAAUGUAUAUUUUAUGUAUAUGUGCGUCUGUGCGCAUAUAAAUCUCAAGCCUUGAAAGAGAUUACAGAGAGCCACAUUCAAUUCAAGUCAUUCAGAAUGAUGGAUUGGUAUUCAUGGCUAUCAAAGAGUGGCCUUGAGCCAUCUCUUGUGUAUGAGUAUGCCCUUGCUUUUGCACAUAAUGAACUUGAGGAAGAAGACAUAGCAUACUUCAACCACGAGUUUCUUCAAAGCAUGGGAAUCUCCAUAGCCAAACACAGACUGGAAAUUCUCAAGCUUGCAAGAAAAGAGAAAGGAGCCACAACUCCAAGACCAGUUUCAAGGCUUCUUUUUGCAAUCAAGAGGACAAAAAGAAGUCUUGCCAAAUAUUUGAGAACUUGGGUUCAUGGUGAAGAGUCGUCAUCAUCAUCAUCCUCAGCUCUUGUUGUUGUUCCAAGGCAUCCUGGUUAUGCCACAAAAUGGAGAGGUGCCAUGUUGAAGAGGAACAAGAAGUUGGUCAUGGCUAAACAAGGGAGAUUGUUGCUCACCAAUGGAAGCCCCAUGGUGAUCUCUGGACCUCGGAGAAUUGAUAGUUUUUCAAGUCCAGUGGUUCUUGAUUACCAGAAGGAAGAGAAAUUUGAUGCUGAUGAUGAUGGAUAUUGGUCAACUGGUGUCGAAGAAAUCAGAUGGGAUACCUUGUUUCAAGAUCUCAAACCACAUAAAAGGUUGUCUUCAUUUUUCGUUUUUUCCUGCAAUUUGAUUCAAUCACUUUCUCUUAAUUUUGUGACAAGUUUCAAAAUUUCAGAAGCCAAAUUAAGGAAAGUAAAUGCAAAUAUUUUUCCUUCUAAAUUGCAAUGGUGAGAGAUGGGAUUUUAGGUUCUUCCACCAGCUGUUUGUCAAAGUAGAGUUAUUUGAUCUCUUUUUUUCUUUUUAUUCAGUGGUGGGUCAAGUUAAGCCAGGCUUUACCAUCUGUUUCAGUAAUCAGACUGUCUACUACUUUUUGUAUGUUCUAUUUUUCUCUCUUUAAUAGACAAGAAUGCUCUAGUAUUCAGUGUCCAGCUUGUUGAGGAGAGAAUUAUUGUAUUAGGUUUAUGCAAAUAUGUAACAAUCGGGUACUUGGAAAAUUGUACUGGUAUAGCUGUUCAUAUGAAGUUGAAUUAUGAAUGAUUAGUGAAUGAAUCCAUUUUCCUUUCUUUUGCAA